UUUCUUUUCUUUUUCAACUUCUUUAGGACAGAUUAUUUUAUUGUGGUCUCCUUUACAUAUACCACAACUAUAUUUCACAUUACAAUCUAUUUUGGCAUGGCCUUUCCUUAAACAAAUCAAACAUCUAUUUUGUUCAGACAGAAUGCUCAUUCUCUGUCCAAUAAAUCUGACUUGCUUACAAUUUCCAGCUAAGUGUGGACCAUUGCAAAACAAACAUGAAAUUUCUCUUUUUUGGUUCUUUGGCGCUGUAAAUACACGCGCAGGUUCCGGUUUUCUCUGAUUAUUUGUGUUUCCAUUAAAUCUCCUUUGAUUAAGAUUCGGCACAUUUUGCCAACUAUUUUUAUAUGCCAAUGACCUCGUGCAUCUUUGUGCCUCUUCUCUUAAGGCCACAAUUUCUGCAAGUCCUUCUCUUAAUCUUCCUACACUCCAAUUUACUUUCUCCAAUUUUUCCAUUUUUAAUAAUUCUAGAACAAUACUUCUUGGCAAUUUAUUCUUAA